AUGAGAGGGUACAUUUUACUUUGCCUCUUGAUUCUAUGCUCGAACGCCUGCCUAUUGAAAAACGGGAUGAGUUCGGUAUACCUGUCGGCAUUCGAGGAUUUAAAGCCAGGCAGCGUUAUCGGCACCCUGCCUUUCGAGGAAUCGUCGGAGACUUCAAAAGAGAACGACGUCGAGUUGCAUGUUGUCAAGGGCAAUAAUCUUGUUGAAGUGAAGCCGGGGACACAUGACUUGGUGUUGAAAAAGCCGCUUGAUCGCGAUGAGGGAGUCGGCAAAUUUGAAGCCGUCGUUGAAUGCAAGUCCUCUAAUCUGGAUGCCGAUUUCAGUCAGUUGAAUAUAUCAGUUUUUGUGACAGUGAAGGAUGUCAAUGAUAAUGCUCCAGUAUUCGAUUCUCCUGAAUAUAACGUUGAUAUUAAAGAGGAACUUCCAACUGGAACUAUCGUCUUUACUGAUUUCGAAGCUACCGAUAAUGAUCAACCUGGACCUAACAGUUUUAUACAGUACUCUAUCGUCCCUGGACCUCAUUCAAACUAUUUAGAGAUUCCUGAUCCUUUCAAGCCAGUAAUCACCAUCAAGAAUCGCAUUGAUUAUGAAAAGAUAAAAAAGUUCACCGUGGAAAUUGAAGCAAGGGAUCAAGGCGAGCCAAGUUUGGCGUCGCGUGUUCCUCUUCACGUUACUGUAAUUGAUGUGAAUGAUCUCGCACCAAGAUUUAAACAUUCUUACUACACGGCGAAAUCCCAGAAAGUGAUAUUGAAACGUAUUCAGAAUGGUUUAUUGGUUUUCGAACCGGAGGCGAUCAGUGCCCAGGAUGGCGACCGUCUCAACGCUUCGCUGGUCUUUUCUCUGUCCGGAGAACUUUCCGAACAUUUUGCAAUCGACGAUCGGGGAAAUGUGAUGGCGAAAAAUGGCACUCCACCGCCGCGGGCGACAUUUUUUGUGACGGCAGCCGAGCGAGAUGAUCCCGAGAAAAAUGCGACAGCUAUUAUUUCGGUGAGAUUACAGCCAUCGUUAGCUUUUCAGCACAACACAUAUUCUACAAAUGUUGCUCCAUCAACACCAAUUGGCUCAACAAUUCUUACAGUAAAGGCUUACUCUGAAAAUAAUUCUUCCAUUUCUUACUCCCUUCUUGCUGAUACUAACACAGUUUCCAUUGAUGAAGCAACUGGAAAUGUUGUUCUGAGGAAGAAGCUCGAAAAGCCUGAAAUUCUCAAUGUCACCGCUAGCGAUGGAGAGAAUAUCGUUUCAACUUCUCUUCAUUUAAUGAUCGCCAACACGGAAGGAGUGUGCAAAUCGCCUCCAAAAUUCGACAAAUUCGAAUACAAAAUGAUAAUUGGCUCAAUUAAUGUUCUUGGAGUCAUUAACGCGACUUCAAAAUCCGGCAAUAAGGUCUCUUAUACCUUAAUGAACAUGAACAAUGAAUUCGAAGUAACGUCUGAAGGUGUCGUGAAAAUUCUACCAAGAGCCAGACCGCAAUGUAAAACAUGCGAGCUUGUUGUAAUGGCAAAAGAUGGCAAUCAAAUGGCUCUUACAAAGGUGAUUGUCGAAAAUCCAUCCUUUGUAAUACCGGCAUCCGCGGUUUUAUCCAUUUUCAUAUUGAUAGUUUUGUCUCUUAUAUUCGCCAUUUUGGCUCUUUUUGUGUGCCGUAACUUUUGUGAGAAAUGGAAAAGGGGCGCCCGUAGAUCAAGCAUUUGCUGGCUCAAUGGGACUACAGAUACAGGCGUUUCCAUCACAACAACCACACCAUCAACCACCACUAGAUAUGUGGUGAAUGCUGAUAAGGAUCGAGCAUAUGAAUCCAAAUCCCCAGGACCAAAAAGAUCGCAAGGCGCUCACUUAGUUCCAGUCACCGUGACAUCACACGAUGGUGCCACUCCGACAGUUUACUUCUAA